GCCCGCAUGCGCCGCCGCCGCGCCUUGUGGGCUGGAGCCGCCGGUGCUCCUCCUCCUCCUCCUCCUCCCGCCUUCCUUGUCGUCUCCGCCUUUUUCUUCCGCUGCUCUUGCUGCUGCCGCUGCCGGCCAUCGCCGCGGCUGAGGACCCGGGAGCCACUGCUGCAGACGCCCACUUACAAGCUCCCCUGAGCGGCCAGUGGCAGUGUGGGGCAUGGCAGCAGUGUGGCAGCAAGUGUUGGCUGUAGACGCACGGUACAACGCAUACCGCACCCCAACCUUCCCGCAAUUCCGCACACAGUACAUCCGCCGGCGCAGCCAGCUGCUGCGGGACAACGCCAAGGCCGGCUACGACCCCUCGCUCCGCAAGCAGUACCUGCGGCUGCGCAGCCAGCUCCUGGCCCAGCGCUACGGCCCCCUCUCAGAGCAGAGCAGCUUCCGUGCCUACAGCAACAGCAUUGUCCGAAGCAGUCGUACCACACUUGACCGCAUGGAGGAUUUUGAUGACGACCCAAGGGCACUGGGUGCCCGAGGCCACCGCCGCUCUGUCAGCCGAGGGUCCUACCAGCUGCAGGCGCAAAUGAACCGAGCUGUCCACGAUGAGAGACCCCCUGGCAGUGUGGUCCCCACUUCGGUGGCAGAGGCCAGCCGUGCAAUGGCUGGGGAUACCACCCUAAGUGAGAACUACGCCUUUGCUGGCAUGUACCAUAUAUUUGACCAGCAUGUGGAUGAGGCUGUGCCCAAGGUUCAGUUUGCCAACGAUGACAAACACCUAUUAGCCUGCUGUUCUCUGGAUGGUACCAUUUCUGUGUGCCAGCUAGUGCCAACUCCCCCUGUGGUGCUGCGGGUGCUGAAGGGACAUAGCCGUGGGGUGUCAGACUUUGCCUGGUCCCUCUCCAACGACAUCAUUGUUUCUACUUCACUUGACGCCACUAUGCGCAUAUGGGCUACAGAGGAUGGCAAGUGCAUCCGGGAAAUUCCAGAUCCAGAUGCCUCUGAGCUGCUCUGCUGCACUUUCCAGCCCAUGAACAAUAAUCUCACAGUGGUGGGGAAUGGAAAGCACAACCUCCAUGUGGUGAACAUCUCGACAGGGAAAAAAGUGAAGGGUGGCUCAAGCAAGCUAACUGGCCGAGUGCUGUCUCUCUCCUUUGAUUCCCCUGGCCGUAUCCUCUGGGCAGGAGAUGACAAAGGCAGCAUAUUUUCUUUCCUCUUUGAUAUGGCAACAGGAAAACUGACCAAGGCAAAACGGCUGGUAGUUAAUGAGGGCAGUUCUAUCACCAGUAUCUCAGCCCGCUCUUGGAUCAGCAGAGAAGCACGGGACCCCUCCCUCCUCAUCAAUGCAUGUAUUAACAAGCUGCUGCUAUAUAGGGUAGUGGACAACGAAGGGACACUCCAGCUUAAGAGAAGUUUCCAGAUACAGCAGAGCUCGCAUCCUGUCCGCAGCAUCUUCUGCCCCCUCAUGUCCUUCCGCCAGGGAGCUUGCAUUGUGACCGGCAGUGAGGAUAUGUGUGUCUACUUCUUUGACGUGGAGCGAGCUACCAAGGCUAUAGUCAACAAACUACAAGGUCAUAGUGCUGCUGUGCUGGAUGUCAGCUUUAACUGUGAUGAGAGCCUGUUGGCGUCCAGUGAUGCCAAAGGCAUGGUUAUUGUCUGGAAAAGAGAACAGAAGUAGCAUUUCUCCCCUGAUGAGUGGAAAGAAGUACACUCACUCAACAUUGUUGAAGGAGACAGCCUGGGUGAAAGUCAGGAACCCUAAACACCAUCUGUCCUCCUCUUGCUGGUAGUUUUAUUUAUAUCUUCUGCAGCUGUGAAAGUACUGAGAACAUCUUUACAGUGAACCAGCAUCCAUUUCUUCCCAGGUUUUCAAUUAGUGGGAUUUUGUAUAGCAGACAAAGGAUGCAGGUUAUCCUGUGAGAAGUUUGGCUUACUUCUGUUGUGGUUUAUGUGUUAGAUGUCCAGGUUGCUGUUGGCUGUAAUCAACAGGACACAAUGUAUGCCAAAAGGGAAGGUGGUAAACAAUGCUGCAGAGCCUCUCUGCCAACUGGCAGCAUAGGAUUUGGGACUACAUGGGUUCUUUGGCUUACGAGCAUGAAAUUUAGUGGUCCUAGCUCCCAUUUAGUAGUAGCUUUCUCCUUGCUGCUGCAUAACUACUUUGCUGUUGCAAUGGUCCAUUCCUUCCUGGAAAUACCAAGGACAUCAAACUCCAGAAAGCUGCAUCUUCUCUUUGCCUCCUUCAAGUGCCAGACUGAGCCAUCAACUUGGAAGGAUCAGCCUGCUUUAUUAGUGUGCCUGUUGGAUAUGUGAACUUCUGCAGCUACAACUUUGUGGACAGAUUCCCCUCCAACAUGAAAAAUCUUGCAGCUCAUGUCUACAUUGGGCUCUUAGUUCUGGCAUGUGUUUCAGGAGCAGCUACCAGUGAUGAAAUGUCUUCCGAUUACCGGGAAGAGGAAACUGCAGGUGCUGAAUAGAUUUGCUUGCACACCAACACAGCUUGCUUGAAAUAUUACUAGGAAUGUGUUUGGAAUAUCAAGAAACUCAAUCUGGAACAUUCCUGACAACUGUAUUCAAAAGCAGGUGGUGGAGUAGAGUCUGCUAAAUUGAACUUUGCAGCUACUUAAUGCAGUUGCUUUUUGCCACUUAUCUUCCACAGCAUGUGUGGCAUUGUAACAGGGAAGGGGGUUAGUUGUAUUGAAACUCUUCUGUAUUGUGGCUGUGAUAGUUGCUUUUUCCUCAAAUUUGUUCUUUCUGCGGACUAGGAGAAAAGAUUUCUAAAUUCACUUUUACUUGAAAAAAGUAAGUGGUAGGAUUUUCAGGCAGGUACGUGGAAGGUAAGAGCUGAUGGGAUGGUGCUUCAAAUUUCCUCAUAGGUACCACAUCAGUCACCUUAUGAAGAACAUGAGUUCAGCUAAGGGGACCCUGUACAUGGGGUGGCAAGCCAGCCACAUCUUUGCAUCAAACAGAUUGCACAGCCUAUUGUUGCAGGGUUGAGAGAAUCGUGGCACUCAGAACUGGACACAGCAUUCCAGGCAUGAUUUGACUAAGACAGUAUAGAGCAGUAGUAUAACUUCCCUUGAUCUGAACACUAUACUUCUGUUGAUGCAGCCUAGAAUAGCAUUCAUUUUUUGACCUGCCAAAUGCCUUUGGAAAACCCACAAGCAAGACAUGAGAAGAAUAGCCUUGUUGCUAAAGAUCAAUAGUAGAUUCAGAGGCAUACUUCCUCCGAUCUUGAGGAAAUAGUGCCUUCAAAACUAGUAGCCCAAUAGUCUUGUCCUCUAUGAAUCUGGCAAAUCCCCUUUCCAAGACAUUUAAGCUUGUGACCAUCAUUACAUCUUGUGGUAGCAAACUUUUAAAGAAAAAGUGCUGUUUGAAGAACCUCCUUUUGUCAUUCCAAAAUAUCCUGCCAAACAACUUUAUUGAAUGACUCUGGGUUCCAGUGUAAUGAGGAUGGAAAACUGUAUUUCUACCCACUUUUUCCACACUACACAAUUUUAUAAGUUCCUGUCACACCCUCAUUCUUGUUUUCCCACCCUAACUUAAAAGCCCCAAGCACCAUAGCCUUUUCCUUAUUAUAAGAAGUAUUCUAAACCUCAGUUUAUUUAGUUCAGCCUUUCUGCAUCCUCUCAAACUAAACAACCUUUUUGAGAUGUGGCAACCAGCACUGUACACAGCACUCCAAGUGUAGUCACUACACUACAUGUUUAUAAAGGCAUUGGAAUCUCUUGGGCACAUGAAUAGCAAUACAAAAAAUAUAACACACUGGCAACCUGGACAACAACGCAAUAAACUAAACAAUGGCCCAGUUUGGUCUCACUAUGCUUUAGUGAGAAGGAGCAAGCUUUGCUCCUCCCCUGGCCUUGCUGUUUUCAGACUACCCAGAGCUCACCAUUUGUCUUCCCCAAAGAAACUACCAGUGGCAAACCAAUAACAAACGUCAGUUGUAACUCACGGUUCAUUAGGAAUAAAUGAACAACACUAUUAAUCUUAAA